ACUCGUGCAAACAAGGAAAUGACAGCGGUGCGCGAUUCACUGUGCAACUUGGAACCAAUACAAAUUCCUAGACCGCAGAUUUCUGGAUUACAAUUUAUUCCAACGAGAGGUCGACUAGGAUUCUAUAAGGAAGCUUUAUAUUAUUCAUUAAAUACGCUAUUUAAAAAUCAUGAAACUGAUAUAAAAAUUUUUUAUACUAUUCGUCGUGAUGGUGAAAAUUAUGGUGUAGAAAUGAAACCAAUAGGACCUCGAAGACCAGUACUAUCUCAAGAAUUGUUUAUGGAUAAUAGUGCUGAAAAACAAUCAGCAAACACUCAAAAAGUGGUUUCAGAUGAGACAGAAAAUACGAUAAACGUGAAACCCGUAUCAGGCAAAAAGGUACGCGUUUAUUUAAAGAAAUUAUCCUCACAUAAUUUUACUUCGAAAUUAGCUACAGAAACGUAUUUAUUAACUUCUCCGGAGGAUAAAGAUUCGCAAAAAUCCUCCGAUUCAUCACCAUAUCCGGAACCAGAUUAUGAUAUCGCUGAAUCAAAUGACUCGUAA